AUGGCAUUGUCUGUGUCUCAACCUGAAGUUGAUGAUAUACAAAUCUGGUAUCACCCCAACAGCGGGCGCCCUAUGCAAGUGCACCGUUUCGAGGACUAUAGAUGCGGCCCUGGUGCCCCAGUAGUACCUCCGACAAUUGAUCCUGAGCCCUGGCGCCCAUUUCGCAAUCGUAUCGACUUCGAAGUCGCAGAACUUGCCCAUGAAGCUGCGCUCACUCACGAGCAGAUAGAUCAGCUCAUCGGACUUAUACAUCGCAGUAGAUGCGAGUUGUUCACACUUCGGAAUCACAAAGACAUGCAAGACAUGUGGGAUGCAGCCUCGUACAAAUUGACUCCAUUUAUGAAGGAAGAGGUGGUUGUACCGUUCCGAGGUGUUGAUCAGACAUUUCAGUUUUAUCAUCGCUCGCUAUGGGACUGGGCUAUAGAUUUACUUCAAGAUCCUGAAGUUGGACUGCACUUCAUCUUUGAUGCACAACAGCUUUCGAAGUUCGAUGGUGAGAAAUUUGUUUGGUUUAUUCACGAGCCUUGGACUGCUAAUAUGUUCUGGGAAUAUCAAUCGAAAAUACCAGCAGAUGGCAAACCACUCACAUUUAUCCUGUAUGCAGACAAGGCCAAAUUAUCAUCAUUCGGUCGUGCGAAAGGCUAUCCUGUGGUUGCUAGGUGUGCUAAUCUUCCUACUGCUGUUCAUAAUGUUGUUGGCUGGCUACCUAUUGUCAAAGAAGACAAGAAACACUCUGGAAAGCCGGCCUUCAUCAACUUCAAAAAUGCGGUAUGGCAUACAUCGUUUUUGAAGCUGCUCGCUUGCCUUGUACCAUUAUUGAAGCUUGGUUCUCCUGUUAAAUGUUGGGAUGAUAUUGUCCGCAUUUUCUACCCGAUCAUACUCAUACUGUCUGCCGACUACGAAGAACAGGUUGUGAUGGCAUUAAUUCGUGGGCUGAUGGGAAAAUUUCCCUGCCCCAUCUGCCUUGUGCCUCGUGAGGAGCUCUCCAAGAUAUCAAAUGUGCAUUGGCUUCACACAUCUGUAGAUGCAAAGUCUAUGACAUUGGAAGUAAGAGAGCAGAUAUUGAGCUCUGAGAGUCUCCGUGAUGUCGAUAAUUCAUUUGAUACCAUGGAGCACACCGAUGUCUUCCGGGCCCUAUCAUUUGAUAGACUUCAUUUUAAUGAUGAGGGAAACUUCAAUCACCUCUUCAAAUCAUUUCCGCAUUGGCGAAAUCUCAACCACUUUGACCAGGUGGUAUCAAUAUCCUUUUCUGAUGGAAUGAAAUAUGAAGAUAUAUCUAAGCUUAUCGUUUUCGCUGCCCACAAUGUAUUUCAGCGUGAUGUGGAUCCACAUGUGUAUCUCCUCCUUCGUUGUAUUCGGAGUUACGUGGAACUUAAUACAUAUGCUUCAUUGGAGGUGCAUACCAAAGAUACCAUCAGGGAUGGCCAAAAUACAUUGUCGAAGUUUGCCGAAUUAAUGGAUGUAUAUACAGCAGACCUCUCGGAGAAGUCAUGGAAUUUCCUGAAGAUUCAUCUUUCCGCUCAUCUCUUUGAUGACAUUGAGGUGAAAGGGGUCACCCGAAACUACAAUAUGAAACCUAAUGAGAAGAUGCAUGGCCCACUGAAGGAUGCAUAUCAGGACCGUACAAACUUCAAGAAUUUUGCGGAACAGGUAAUACACUACCUCAUUGCGGAAUAUAUUCGCAGCAAGGUGGACUGCCUCGAUACACAGAAUCUUAGCCUGUCAGACCUGCCUGAUCCAUCGGAGGCUGAUGAACUUGAACCUACCAAACCAAUCAAUAUGCAGCAUUUCAGUCUUGGUUUACAGCAGGCAAUGAAAUCAUUCACAGAUAUUGAAGUAGCUCACAUAGGCAAUCCCCCAUUUGAUCGAUUCCGUAUCAAACUGAAUGAAAUUUUGAACCGUGCAUUUGCCACCAACAAUAUACCAUUUCCUGAUGGACGAUGUGUCCAACUCACUGCUGAUGAUAUGAUCACCGAGUUUAGAUUCAUCAAAGUCAACUAUGAGUCGCUUGUUGACUGGCGAGUCUCCACAGACUAUCUCCGAUGCAGUCUGAUGUUCCACGGAUCACCUCAAUAUGAUUGUGUUAUCCUACAGGCAGAAACUGGUGCUAUCUUUGCCGAACUGUUGUUGGUCUUCACCUGCAUGGUCGGGAACAUCCAAUAUCCUAUUGCACUCACUCUUCCAUAUGAUCAACCAGACAAAGAUUUCAAAUUUUGGCGAGUUAAAGCAAAGCCCAGAGCCUCCACUGAAUGCUUCUCAGUUCAGUCAAUAAUCUGUGGUUGUGUAUUAGCAGAGGAUGGUACCCGACCGAACGAGUUUUUGGUUGUUGACACAACUGACACAGACAUGUUCCUCCGAAUGAAGGAAAUUCGUACAGAGGCUGGUUAUCAUUAG